AUGCCUCUGAGGGAGAGAAAAGGAAACAGAGUGAUUGCUGCAGAUUGUGUUAGAAUAAAAGAUAACCUUGGGGCAGAAAAUACAACAGAAGUCCGACACAACCUCAAGAAUCAUGAAGGUGUGGCGAAGGUUUCUGAGGAUGUCUGGAUGAAAGUAUUAGAAGUGGAAGCCAACUGGAAAGAAAAGAAGCCAAUGAAGCAGAUGUUCUUCACCAGUUGGCUAAAAGUCAAAGAUGAGGAAAAGAGAAAACGUUUAUUAGACACCUAUCUAAAAGAAGGGUUGACAAACUACAAGGAAUUAGUUAGAAGCCUCACACAAGUAAACAAGAGUAGUCCUGUGAUCAUCCGAAAAGAUGCUGACAGUGAAAAGGAUAUUCAUCAAGUGGAGCUUUUGAGCAAAGAAAAUGAAAUGUUGAAGAAAGCAGUGCAGGAAAAAGAGGCAAUGAUUGUUAAACUUGAAGAGGAAUGUAACAGACUUAGAGAGAUGAUGAAAUCCCAGAUUAGCACAGAAAAGACAAAGAACAGUAUUUCAGUUGAAAAGAGACAGAGGGUCGAGUCAGAUGAAGUGAAGUCAAGAAAGAAGGUUAAGUUCACAAGUGAUGGAGUGAGUGUUGGGGAUGUUGUUUGGGCUCGGUAUGUUGAUGGCAUUGCAUAUCCAGCAAAAGUGAUAAGUUCAGUGCAAGCACGCAAAAGUAUACAGUCCGAUAUGUAGAGGAUGGUGUUGUAACAGAAGUAUCUGAUACAGACAUCACACAGAAAAAGUGAUUCGAAUGAUUAGCAUUUGCUUUUAAUUUUAUGCUGUAUAUGAUGAAAAUGUUAUAAAAAGAUGAAUAGAAAAACAAGAGGGCCAAGAUGGCCCUAGGUCGCUCACCUAAGAAACACUCCAUAACAGUGUAAAACAUGUUUGACCUAGUGAUUUCAUGGAAACAAAUAUUCUGACCAAUUUUCAUUAAGAUUGGACCAAAAAAUUGGUCUCUUGCGAUAAAACAAGCAUUUUCUUAGAUAUGACCUAGUUUUUGACCCUUGAUGACCCAUGUUCAAACUCGACCUAGAUUUUAUCAAGGCAAUCAUUCUGACCAAAAUUCAUGAAGAUCAACUGAAAAAUACAGCCUCUAUCACAUACAGAAGUUUUUUCUUUGAUUUGACCAAGUGACCUAGUUUUUUACCUCAGA